AGAUGGCGACUUAAUUCGUCCGUUUCUGUCACUUUGCUGUGAAGUGUGAUGGUGAUGCUAGUAAGUUGUGUAAAAAAAUAUUUGUAUAUGUUGGUAUAAAAUGGCUGACACCGGUUUACGUAUGAAUUUAACAGCGUUAAAGAGGGCAGACCCAUAUGCGAGAGAAAUAAUUGACAGUGCUACCCACGUCGCACUUUAUACUUUUGAAGAAAACGAAUGGGAGAAAACGAACAUCGAAGGGGCUUUGUUUGUGUACAGUAGAAAUGGGGAACCUUACCAUAGUUUGGUGAUUAUGAACAGAUUAAAUACAAACAAUCUUAUCGAACCUGUUUCUAGAGGAAUUGAAUUGCAAUUAAAAGAACCAUUUCUGUUGUAUCGAAACGCGAAGUGUCGUAUUUACGGCAUAUGGUUUUACGAUAAAGACGAAUGCAUUAGAGUUGCGACGAAAUUGAACUCUUUAGUGAAGGAUUCUAUAAAAGCUCCUAACGAAAUGUCUCAAAAUCCUACGUAUUCAGCUCCAGCGAAGACUAACGCGUCAGUUGAUAUAUUUAGCAUGUUGAGCAAAGCUCAAGAUGAUUUUAAUACUAAUAAGGGAUUGACAAAUAAUAAAAAUGACUUAACACCGACGAGAGCGCCAGAUAUGGCUUCACAGAGUGUGAUGGAUUUCUUCGCCAAGGCUGGCAGUGGUGCGGCAGCGCAAAUGCCUGCUGUGUCCUCUCUUCCAUCUCCGGGGAUGUUUGGACCGCGGCCAAACGAUGUACGAGAGACUCCAUUACUUCUACAAAGACUGAUGAGUAAUCCAGCCCAUUCUGUUGAGCACAUAGAAAAGCAGCAGAGAUCUGUAACACCUCAAGAAGCCCAAUCUUCAAAUGGUAAUGUCUCCAUAGAUCCUAUGAUGAGACAGAACAGUUCUUUCCAACUUAAGUCUACGCCACUAGACAAGCACAGCCAGCACAGGAUAACUAAUCUUCAGAAAAUCCAAUUAGAUGGUGACACCAACGGGCCUAAUCCUUUGGAGAAUGAACUGAAUCUAAUGCAUAUCUCUUCCCCGAAGCCGACUUCUCCAUUAGCUACGUACUUGAACCACACUCAAGAUAUUGGACACCAGGUGGGAUCCUAUAAUGGUGGUAAGUUGGAGGAGGUCGGAGGUGUGUUCCCCAUCAUGAACUCCCUGACAAAUCAACAGAAACCAGCCUUGAUGCCUCCAACGAUGUUCACAGCUAUACCCGGGAAUGAUAUUCAGCCCUCCCCUGAACCUCUCACUAGGAAUCAACUAUUACAGGCCGUCAAUUAUCUCCUCAGACACGACGCUGACUUUGUCAACAAACUGCAUGAAGCUUAUGUGAAAUCAUUUUCAGAAAAGCCCUUUUCUGUUUCAUAAUAUGUUAUUUUGGAACAAGCCGCUGCUUUCUCCAGUGGCACUGUACAGAUGUAAUUUGAAGAAUAAAUCCUUAAAAAUGUUGAGUAGACCCAUUAGUGACGCAGUAACUUAUUUGGACCGAGUAUUGUGAAAUAAGUUUUAAACCUUAGACAGUGUCAGUUGAAUGUAUAGAGAAAGAAUUCUAGUGACGCGAUUUCGCUCACAUUAUAUAAUAACAAAAGCCGUUUGUGAUAACCCUAUUGGCUUAGUUCUUGUUGGCCCUGUUGAGAUAAUCACUAAGGGAUUUUCUAAUGUGGAAUGUUAUUAAAUGAUUUUGAAUAUAAUUUGAAAUACGUAUUAACAUCAGAUACAAAUGACACUAUAUUGUAUUUGUUAAAAAUGUUAAAAUAAUUUAAUGUUGUCCACAAAUACUUUAUAACUUUAUACAAUGCUACGACUGUCUGGGCUAUUAUUAAAAUCCUGAGUAAUUGGAACCCAUAUUGGACUUGCAUUUUGGCGGGAACAGAGUCUUGGAACAUUAGUAAGCCAUUAAGCCAUAAUGCAAAUACAUUUUUGAAAAAAAAAAUGUUAUUGACUUAUAAGGACAUAAUUUUGACAUAUGUUAUUAAGGACUGCAAGUUUUUGCUACUUGUUUACAAAAAUCUUAAUUUUUAACUUCUAUUGCUUCAUUCUAUCAGUUGCCAGGAACGCCAUUUUGUUUUUUUUUUUUUUUAAUAAAUCAAAGGACUAUCAUAGCUUCGUUAUUUCCAAAAUUAUCUCUCAAUUUUAUUUAUAAAUCUGUUUUUCUUAGUUGCAACUUAAAUGUUAUAUCGCAAUCCGUACAUUCAAAUAUAACUUGCGUCUGUUUUGUGUGUAACCUGUUCAUUAUUUUAAAGGAAAUCUAUCGUUAAUGUCUACUUAAAAAACUAAUCCAAGUGAGAAAAAUUUGUAAAAUGGAGCAGUAAUUAAAAAUAAAUGCUCAGUAUCCCAUUGUUUUAGUGUUAGUGAGGUGCAAAAUAUAAACGACGGAUGUAUCGGAGCAUGUUAAUGGGGAAUUGUCCAGUGAAAAUAUAGCGAUAUAUAUAUGGGUCUAUAGUACUUGUUAAAACAUUAUCUGCUCCUGGUAUAUGAUCUUGAACCUUGUAAAGCCUGAAAAUUAUAAUUUCGAAGAAAUAAAAAUCAAUAGUCUGUAAUAAAAAUGUUUCUUGAUGAA